UUCUAGUGCUGAGGAAAACUGUUGUCAACCAGAGAAACACCAGCGACAGAGCCAAAAGAAAAGCAAUCGCAGAGAAGGCACAAAUCCAGCAUAAUCGAGUCGCAGUAUAAUUCUAAAGUUCCUACGAUUGCGAUAGUCUGCAGUUUUCUUAUUCAAUUCGCAAGUUCUUACGCUUAUCGCAACGAACAGAAUCAUGUCCCACAAGCAAGCACCAACAGCACCAGGCAUGCCCCAACAAGGUGCUUAUCCUCCAUACCCUCAGCACUCACAACAGUAUCCUGGUGCUCCACCAACCUAUGAUCAGGCCAUGGCUCACCCAACAGCCCAUACAGCCAACCUUCCCCAGGCAGGAUGGGUAAGUGUGCAUAUGCAGCAUGGCCAGCAGCCUGUGAUGUAUCAAAAUUACCAGUCAGCCGCUGCGGCUGCUGCUUCAGCUCAAAACUACCAGCAGCAGAUGCAGGCGGCCGCAGGAUAUCCAGGAGCUUAUGCGCCGACACCAUUCUACUCACCUGCCCAGUACCAAAUGCAAGGCCAGCACAUGCACAAUCCGCACAAUCAGCCCACCACAAUUGUGAUGCCCGGAGUGGCUGCUUUCGAUGGAGGCGCGCGGUUCAACGGAAUUAGUCAACCAGUGGUGCCCCCGGCGCCCCCCGGAAUCGCCCCGAAUGCAGCCCAAGUGGCAGCCAUGUCCGGCCAUAACGUGGUCUUGGGACAAAAGAAGGGUGGCUUCUUGACAGGGUCUUCCACAGGAGGCGGGUUCACUUUCUGGUAGAGGCUAAAAGCCAUUUAAUUACAGGUGCCUAGUGCCUCUCUGCCAAAUAUUCAAUUCAACAAGCAUUUCAGUAUAGGGACGAUUUUCCGCAGCACUAAGCUGUUUUUAAUAUUCCUCCGAUUUAUUUGUGGUCUUUUUAAAGACUGUUUCCAAAAAAGCCAUUUAGUCACAAAGGUUAGCGACAAACAGAUGGAUUAGUUGUAAUUUGACAAAAUUAAUAUUAUUACUGUAAUUACAAUCAACUGAAUGUGAUCUUGUAUUCUAGAUUUCAGAUUGCUUGAUAAUAAUAAAAAGUUGAAAAUGCU